GAGAGAGAGAGAGAGAGGGAGAUGAUAUUUAUUCCAUACGAGAUGAUCUGGUACAUCUUUGAUACCUUGGUGCAAUUUCAAGUUGAGAUAUAUUUCUCUGGAAAAAAGAGGUGUUUUUAGCUGAGCUCCUGGGCCAUUGCAACAUAUCAAUUUAGAGUUCUUCGAUUGUUUUUUUUUUUUUUGCUUUUUAAUUCAGUGAAAUCUUUAUCAUAUUAGAUUCAUGGACAACUUUGUCAGAUAUUUUUACUAUUUUUUUAAAAUAUUAUUUGCUGAUUUUUAAAAAUGUAUUUAUUCUAGAUUGGUUUAAUAAAUCUGAUUUACCAAAAAAUAUGUACUCACUAUUUCAUUUAGUGCUCCAAAUCUAGCUCCUAAACAAACACAUUACUUGGAUUAAAGCCACAAUUCUAGCAACAGUUUGUCCAAGGUCAAAGAUCUGGAUUCCAAAGCUAGGGCAAAGAAAGACAUAUUCAGAUAUUCUUUCCAUAUAAAUACAAUAAUAGAAUAGAAGAUAACCAUGAACAAUAAUGAAAAAACCAUGAUAGUGUCCCCUGAAUAAGUAUGUGAAUAGUUCAUAAAUGACUUAUAAAUUCCACACAUUUUCAUAUAAUUCUUGAUUAAGUUAAUUACAUCAAAUAGUUCAGAGAAUAAUUCAGAUGAAGAAAAUACAAUAACAAUCUAAGAGUUUUUUUUUAUAAAAAAAAUCAGAGAAUAUUUUUAUUAUUUCCAAAUUGCCUUCAAAAUGGAAGCAAAGGUUUUACAGCUCACUCUCUAGCAAUCAUUCUAGUCCGUAUCUAGCUCACCUUAAUUGAAUGCUCCAACACCCUAGCACCCUACAAUAUAUAAACACAUUGGAUCUUGUGGUUCCUCAUACAAGAUAAGUCUCACAAACUUCGAACGAGAAGAUGCCUCGAGGGAGUUUCCUCAGGGCCUUCCUGAGGAAAUGGAAGGAGAAGGGCAACGAGUUCUUGAUUGGUGCAACCAGCGAACCCUCCCAGUGCUCUCUCCUCACUUGCUCCCAGGAAGAGCAGACCAUUCCAAAAGAUGUCCCUAGGGGCCACCUGGUGGUGUAUGUGGGAGAAGAAUGCAAGAGGUUUGUCAUUAAAAUCACCUUCCUCGAGCAUCCAUUAUUCCAGGCAUUGCUUGAUCAAGCUCGAGAGGAGUAUGAAUUCAAGCCUGGCUCGAAACUCUGCAUACCUUGCAAUGAGAACAUCUUCCUUGGCAUUCUUCAUGAUGUCCGUUCACAGCAGGACCAAAGGUUCUGGCUGUGUUGCUGAAGGUUUAAUCUGUUCUCAUGUCCUCUGUUCUCCGUAUAAAGACCCACAUAAAAAAAAAAAAAAAAA